AUGUUUGAUUUUGAACUUGAUAAAGUAUAUACAUUAAUACAAUUUAUAGAUGUCGACAGAUAUUGCCUGGCCGGUCCGGAGGCACUUGGAAUGGAGAAUGGAGAGAUUGAAGAUUCGCAGAUUACAUCAUCAAGCUUUAUACCCGGAAUGGAACCAUCGAAGGGACGAUUGAAUGCCGGCACCGCCUGGGUAGCAUCUUCUAGAAAUAGUAACCAAUGGAUUCAAGUUUGUGUCAACGAAUCAGUAGUUUUCACAGCAAUUGCCACUCAAGGUAUUGGGGAUGAAUAUUCUCGUGUAACUUCGUAUGCUGUGUCUUAUAGUUCUGACGGAGAAACCUUUCAGGUUUACACAGUUACUGGCACUCGAAAGGUAAGAUGAUAACAGAGUAAGUUUGAUAACAGAGUAAGAUUACAGAUGUUAACAGGGUAAGUGAAAUAAAAACCUUGGGGGUUGUGGUAGAUGACCAGCUUCUUUGGAAAAAUCAUGACGCUACAAUUGCCAAAGUUUCAAAAGGAAUCGGUAUGUUGAGACGAAUGAAACCUUACGUACCGAAAUUUACUUUAAUGCAUGUCUACAAUGCCCUAAUUCUGCCUCAUUUUGACUAUUGUAUAGUCUUGUCUGGGAUACAUGCAGUAAUUAUCUAAUUGAAAAUUUACAAAAAUUACAGAACAGGGCUGCAAGGGUCAUUUCAGGCAAAUCGUAUGAGAUUAGAUCGUGACUAUCGUGUGAGAUUUUAUCAGAACUUGGUUGGCGGCCACUGCAUGGCAGAACGAAUGAAAUUCAAAACGGCAAAGUUCAUGUAUAAUGUGAAAAACAAUAAUCUAAAUGAGCCUAUGGCAGAUAUUUUUGAAAUUAGUAACAAUGAAUUUCAUAAUUUGCGAAGUAAUGCUGUUAAUUUCCAUAUUCCUAUAAGCCUAAACCCAAUUUUUUUUAAAAAGUAUUAGCUACUCUGGGCAUAACGAUUAAUCAAUUUAAAAGUAUUCUUGGUAGCCAAUGCUGUUUCUAAUCUUGAUUUGUUACUUUGUGCUGAAGGGCUACCGUUUUUAAAUAAGUUUAAAUAAUAAUAAUAAUAUAACCAGAGCAGGUCUUAAUUUGCAGCGCGAUGCUCAAACAAAAUUUUGCAAAAACAGAGACUUUAUUGCAGUGAAAAGGUCUAGCAUGCAGUGAGUUUAGUCAGUUUUUGUGAUGGUUAUGUUUGCAUGUCCUGUAACUUUAAUACUCUCUUAACUUCUUCCUCUAAAGGUGUUCCCAGGAAAUACUGACGGGAAUACGGUUGUGACGAAUACUAUCACGCCACCAAUAACUGCCCGUUGUAUCCGGAUACAUCCGGAAACAUGGAACGCGAACGCAUACAUAGCGAUGAGAAUUGAACUUUACGGAUGCGGUAUGUUUAUUCAUUAAUGAAACUGAAUGUAAUGAAUUAUACCAAAUACUCCAUAAAAUGGGCAGUGGACUAUAAGAAGUACCGUAUAUAAACUUGUGAGGAGCGGCAAAAACAAAGCAAUGUUCAGAGGGCUCCCAUAUAUAUGCAGGGUUAGAAUCGAACGGUCGAGUUAUAGAGGCGCCAGACUCACAGUCAGAAUUGGGGGAUUCCCCCAAAACAAUUUAGAAACCUAUUGUCUUUAAAAUGCCCCUUCAUGUACUUUUAUAUAUAGUUAGGCCAAUUUUAAUGGACUUAAAUCCAAUGCUCAAAAUGCUAGACAAAAGUUGUAAAUUUGCAUGCGAUGCCUCUUUAUUUUAUCACCUUGCGCCAAAUAGCCUACCGUAAUCAAAGAUCCCGGCGGGGAAUAUAUUCCCCACACUCCUUUCUUUGUCUUUUUCAGAGAGUUACUUGAAAUAUUAAAUAUUUCUAAAUAAGUACAAGAUAAUUCUAUGAAUUUAAAAAAUUACCUGCUCUAAUUACUUGAUUUGCGUUAUUUCUAAGGAACUCAUGAAAAUGCUAUAUAUGAUAAUUGUGUCGAAGCGCAUCAGAAAGCUUGCCAAGC